GUAUGAAUACAUGACGCCUACGUCUACGUGAAAGUCAAAGAGCUCAAUAGCAACCUCGACACCAGCCAUUGAGCCGCCCAUACACCACAAUGGCGUCCAAAUUGACCCCUCUGCUGUUCAGGACGGCCGCCCGAUGCGCCGCCCGAGCUCCGCGCCCCCAGAUCCGCCCCUUCACAGCAGCCAGCGCAAGGAGAAGUGAUGUCCUCAGUGUGCACCGCAACACAGCCGACAACAACCCGGACAUCCCCUUCAAGUUCACCCCACAAAAUGAGGCCAUCAUCGCCGAGAUCCUCAAGCGAUACCCACCGCAGUACAAGAAGGCUGCCGUCAUGCCCGUCCUCGACCUGGGACAGCGCCAGGCCGGUUUCACUUCCAUCAGCGUCAUGAACGAGGUCGCCCGCAUCCUCGAGAUGCCCCCUUCCCGAGUCUACGAGGUCGCCUCUUUCUAUACCAUGUACAACAGGACGCCCGUCGGCAAGUUCCAUGUUCAGGCUUGCACUACGACACCCUGCCAGCUCGGCGGCUGCGGAAGCGACGCAAUCGUCAAGACGAUCAAGGAGGAGCUCGGCAUCAAGCAGGGCGAGACCACCCCCGACGGCCUCUUCACCUUCAUCGAGGUCGAGUGUCUGGGUGCCUGUGUCAACGCACCCAUGGUUCAGAUCAACGACGACUACUACGAGGACCUUACUCCCGAGACCACCAAGCAGCUCCUGACUGCUCUCAAGCAGGCUGGCUCGGGCGACGCCAACGCCAAGGUGCCCGCACCAGGGCCCUUGAGCGGAAGACAGACGUGUGAGAACAGCGCUGGACCCACCAACUUGAAGGCUGAGCCGUGGGGUAUCGAGACUACGCGGUCAGAUCUAUAAGAGCGCGCGAUACGAUAAGAAGUGCAUGGCUCGGAUAAUGGCUCAAUUCAGAUUCGUGGUUUCCCAGUGCUCUCGACAAGCCAGAGGAACAAGCUGUGUUCCUACGGAGCCGCGAUGGGAUAUGCUUUUUUCCAAUAGACCCGAAGAAUCCAGCGGGGAAUCGGGGCCAUCUUGUACAUAAGAAAGAGUAAAA